UUGGAAAAGCUGCACAAUGUUUUAUUGCAUUUUUUUCAUGCUCUGUAUAUAUGUGCUCCAAUGCUCCAACUAAGCAGUGGGCAACACCAUCGUCCAAAGCUCACAUCCCAUCUAACACAAACCAUGGUCACCUUCACUGCACAUCGGGGCAAGCCUGAGCUGGUGACGCCGGCACGGGUGACACCAAGCGAGACGAAGACCCUGUCGGACAUGGACGACCACUAUGGUCACCGUGUCUACAUCCCCUUAGUUGAGUUCUUCCGGUGCCGCCCAACGGAUGGCCGCCAUGGGCAGCCGGAAGACCCAGCCGUUGCCGUCAAGGCAGCACUGGCGGAGGCCCUGGUGUACUACUACCCCGUCGCCGGCCGGAUGCAGGAGACGGCCAACGGUAAGCUGGUGGUGGACUGCACCGGGGAGGGGGUGUCGUUUGUGGAGGCCGACGCUGCCGUGCGGCUGGAGGAGCUGGGCACACCGCUCCUGCCGCCGUACCCGUGCGUUGAGGAGCUGUUGCCCGACGCCGGCAACAUUCAGGUCGUCGCGGGCAAGCCGAUCGUUGCCGUCCAGUUUGCACAUGCCAUGCAGGUGACACGGUUCUUAGGUGGAGGAUUUGCCAUUGGUCUCCAGAUUAGCCACUGCAUCGCCGAUGGCUUCGGCAUGAUCCAGUUCCUCAAGGCCAUAGCUGACAUGGCACGGGGCCAGAGCGCCCCAACGGCGCUUCCCGUGUGGGAAAGGCAUCUGCUGAUGGCCCGUGAGCCGCCGGACACCGCCUACGUGCAACAAAAACUGAUGUCCCUUCUCAAGAACGCUACAGGUGAGACGCCGCCGAGCAUGGUUUACCGGCACUUCUUCUUCGGCCCGGCGGAGGUGUCCGUUCUGCGAAGCCACGUCCCAGGGGAUCUCGGAGCGUCAUGCACCCGAUUCGAGCUGCUAACGGCGGCGAUCUGGCGGUGCCGGGCGGCGGUGUGGGGCUUCAACGACGACCACCGCGCCGUCCUCGCCUUCUCCGCGAACGUGCGGCGGAGGUGGGAGCACAUCCCGCGAGGGUACUACGGCAACGCCCUCGUCUACCACGUCGUGGACGCCGCCGCCGGCGAACUGCGCCGUAGCCCGCUCAGCCACGCGGUGGCGCUCAUCCGCGACGCCAAGACGGACAUGAGCGACGAGCACGUGAGGUCCACCGCAGAUUUCAUGGCGUCGAUGCGUGGGCACUACGGGCGCGGAUGCGGAGGCGGGGAUCAGCCGCCGAUGGUGUACGACGAGGCGGCGUACAUGGUGUCAGACUGGACGCGGCUCGGCGAGGACGACGUGGACUUCGGAUGGGCCGAGCGGGUCGGCGGUGGGGUCGCCAUGCCGUCGUCGCACGUGAGCUUCAACGGGACGUGCCGGAACUCGGAUGGUGACGAGUUGGUCGUUGCGUCGAUGCUAUUGCCGGAGGGAGUCGUGGAGAGGUUCGAGAAGGAGGUAGCGCUUUUGCUGAAGCAAGAGGCGGACUCAUAUUAGUAUUUUGGGAGGAAAAAACAAGGCCUCAAUGGGCAGGAUAUUUUCAUCUGUCAGUCAUGUAAAACUAAACUUUUGGAUAAUAUCUUAAGUCUUUCCAAAAUCAUUUUCUUCA